GCAGCGCAUCUCGACGGUCAUUUGCCUUUUUUCGCGCGCUUUCUCGUUUUGUCAAGUUUGUUUACAUGCGAGUGAGGCAAAGGCUGUGGCGGGUGCUUGGUGGCCUUCAGGUGGUUGUGCUGCGCUAUGCCUGGCAGUGUGUUUUCUAUCUCAAAAUCAAGAAGCAUCUGUCCACUAAUUGUUUAAGGGAACCCACGCACUGCAUCCUCCCAUGCUGGUCAGGUUUGAGGAGCAUGCAAGAAUAUGGUGGGGAAGAGGACAUUGUGAGAUAGAGGGCUGAGGCAAAUUCUCCAUUGGCCAGUCAAAUCGGUGGCAGCAUGGAAGACCCAGUGAGUCCUGGUGCUGAGUCGUUGUGGGAUGCAGAUUCUGAUGCCACCUCGGAAUUGAGUGACAUCUAUGGUGACUUAGAUGAUCUUGCUGCUGGGAAUGCGGAAGCUGAAAAUGUGGAUGAUGCUGACAUAUUUCAAGAGUUAAUUGGGAUUGCAGAAGAGGAGAAACAAUUAUCCAGCAGCAGGACAAGUUCUAAGGCUCGGGAAAACUCAGUUCUCCAAGAUGGUGUCUCCUCACAGAACCAAGGAAAAGAAGAUUGCCAUAAUGAACAACCCACAAAUAAACUCAUUGAUGGUAAACCAAUGCCUGCUAGUGACAGUAAUGCCUUGGGUCACAACUCGUCACAGACUGAGGAUUAUGCCAGGAAAGAAGUGAAAUCCAAGACUCUAGUCAAUAAUUCUGUAUCUGUCUGUGAGAGUGAAGAAAAUGAAGUGCAAGAUGGCAGUUCUGUUAACACUCAAAAGAAGGCAAAGAAGAAACAGGCAAGAGAUUGCACUAGAAAGAGUGUUGAGAGCCACUCUAAGAAAAAGAGCAAAAGUCACCACAUCAAGCAUGAGGCAAUUCAGAUCAAAAAGGAAAAGGAGACAGAUUCUUUGAAUGACAACCCCACAGCUUUACAGUUAAGUGCAAGUCUGAACAAAGACCUACAGUUUGUUCUCUCACGUGUGAUAAAGAACUCAAAACACCCUCUUGAGAGCAGGGAAAAUGACUUGUCUGCCAAAAAUAAUGAUGUCUCCAAGGAUCAGCAUUCUUUAACAAAGGAUGGAAAGAAUGAAAGUGAUCAGAGCCUGAGCAGCAGCAGAGAGAAAACACCUUCAUCUCAGGGGGAUUACAAAAGUGCUGCAUCAGAAGAUAAAGUGGAAGGGAAGGGAAAGGUUUUAGAAGUACAAGAGGGAAAUCCAAGUGAUGGAAAGAAUGUGAGGAAAGUGGCCACAGUAGCAGAGGAGUCACACACACCACCCAGAUCUGUACCCGUCAGUGUAGCCUCAUCCGAUGUGGUACAGAACAUAAUGAUGAUGGCUCAAGUUUCCAAACGGUCCACUGCUGCAGAUUAUAUGAAUGUGGGACAUGCAUCCACCACAUCGAAAACAAAAUCAUAUAGAAUUCCCAAGAAAACUAAGAAGGAAACAGAGAAUAAUCAGCUUGACUUGUUUGAAGACUUUCUUGUAGGUCAGGACAGAGAUGAGCUCCUCCGAGAGAUCAAGAAGCUGAAGACAGAGCAUGAACAACUGCAAGAGAGUCUCCACAGCUCACAGCAGCGAUGUUUGGGGUUGGAGAAGGACAAUGAGACCCUUCUAAACAACAUGUCCUCUCUGUGGAAGACUUCAGUAUCUCAGCUACGUCAGAAGACCACUGAGGUCACCACACUGAAGAGAGAGAAGGAAGCCAUCAUCUUCCGCCGAGCCUUGCGCCAGGUGCCCAAGGACGAGCUGGACCGUGUUGUCUCACACAUUGCUGCGUACAACAAAGAUGAACUCAAGGAUUUCGUAAAUAGCCUAAAUGAGGAGAAAGAAGAGAUGAGGGAGUGUACAUGCUCAAGAGGCACAAGAACGCCAGGGAGGACUGAAAGCGUCGGCCAGAGAGUGAGGCAGGCUACUAGAGGUGUGCGUCUCAGUCCCUCUUCCGACAGUGAAGCAAUGACACUCAAGAAUCUACUAGGGAAGAAGGGGGAGACAGUCACCCACUCAGAAGAGAAACUCAAAACUUGGAGCAAGACUAGAGCCUCUUUCAAGUCCCAGAAAUGUCUGUUCUCAAGAGAAGAGGAGGGAAGGGAAGAUGCAAGGUCAAAACAUGAGAUGACAAAGUCUAUUUGGAACCGCCUUGGAAGAAACGAUUUGGAUAAGAGAAGAACAGAUAUUGAAAAUGAGAGAAAUAAGAAUAUUGCAGAGGAGAAAGAUGAAAAUAGAAGCAGAGGUUCAAGAAAGAGCGUGUUUUCAAGAUUGGGUAUAAGAAGAACUAUUACCAAUGAAGAGGAAAAUGUCAAUGCUUCCACUGAUAUACACCCACAAGAUGAAUGCUCAGAUGUUAAGAGAGGUCUCUCUAAAGAUGCUGUGCCCGACACUCAGACUCCACCAGUGAGAAAGAUGCUUCGUGUGAAAAAGGCUGUGGAGUUGAAUGAUGAGUGUAUGGACAAAAAGAGGCCAAUUGAGGAACCUCAGGAUGAAUCUGUGAAAGACAGGAUAUCCUCAAGCUUCCAAGUUUGCUCCAGCAGUGAAUCUGCUGAUGCUCCACACACCACCACCAUGAAGCAAGAAAGCUUGCCUGCACAUUUGUCCAAAGAUUCAGCUCCUCCUGCCAAACAGAGCAGAGAUGAAGCAGGAGUUCCUUCAAAUUUUGAAGAAGAUAUGUUAAGUAAAACGCUAUUUGGCCUGAGGAUGAAGAAUAAGCUUAAAAAAGUAGGAAAGCCCCAUCCACCAAUAGAGCAGGAGCAGACUUUAUCCUCUCCAUCAGGUCCAGAUGUACACAAAACUAUGCCAAAGACACCAGUAGAGACCACACCUGCUCAUAGACACACAGGGUCACAAGAGAAAACCAAAACAGCCGCCACCACCAGUCUUCCUGACAAUGUGAGGAAAGCAAUAUCUGCAGAAUCCAAAGCUCAAAGUGAGGACAAGGUUACUAGCAAGUCUGAUGAAGGUGAAAUCAAACAAGAUCUGGAUGGAAAUGAUAAACAGACUGAUGGACCAUCAUUGGAAAAGGAUACCAAAAGAUUGAAAAAGAAGCAGUCCUCUGUAAAUAAAGAAAACAGUGACAAAGAAAAAGAAAGUAAACUCACAAAAACAAUCAGAGAACACUGUCAAGAGAUUCAGGAAGAUAAUGUAAAGCAGGUUGAAAAAAGCUAUUCUAAAGGACAAGUUCAAAGUGCAGAUGAUGAUGAUGAUGAUGAUGUCACAAAGAAUGCAACAGAACUUGAUAAUGAGAUAAAAGCAUCAGAGUGGAAAGAUAUUGAUAGUAAGGAAAUGGAUGGUGCAAUUUUAUGCUUGGCUAAACUCAGAAGUAUAUUCAAUAGUAAAGGGAAUAAUAUAAGAAGCAAGAAGCAAGAGAAAAAUAAGCAUCUUUGGAGUCUCUUUGGUGAUGAAGAUUUAAGUGAGGAUGAUGAUAAAUUAAUUGACAUUGAAGAAAAUAAAGAAGAUCAAGGUUUUGAGAUUCAUGGGGGAAUCUCAGAAAGUCUAGAGACACCAAAUGAUCGCCAUACCGAGAGGAAGCUUGAAAACAAAGAUAAGAAUGUAGACUGUGGCAAGAAAGUGACAGAUUUGCAUACUAAGGUUAAGAAUGUACAAAAACUUCAAAUGAACAAUGUACAAGUAGGUGAUUGUGAAAAUACACUGAAACAAGGACUAAAUAGUGACCACGAAGGUGAUUCAGAAGACACAGAUGCAGUUACUGUCAAGGAGUAUCCAAAGAGGAGAGAAUCAAGGAAAACUGCCCAUCAAACUCAGAGAUCAGGAGAUGGCAGUGAGAAAGUGAAACAAAAAUCAGUACGAAAGGAAAAAAAGAGGAAGUCCUUGAAAAAUGCCUCAGAAGUAGAUGUGCAGACUGAAAGCAAGAGUGGAGACACCAGCCAGACAACAUUAGGGAGUGUUGAAGACAGUAGUUCAGUGUGUGAGGUAAAGCACGGGAAACACCAAACCAAAGAUCGAACUAAAAAGGUAAAGCCAGAAGCAAGAAAACGCAAGGAUUUAGAUACCCAGAAUAUGGAGGACCAAACGAAAGAGAAAACAAAUUCAGAAAAGAAAAAUGAAAGCAAGAAAACUUCCUUGGAUAUGAGACAGAAAUCUGGUAAGUCAGAACAAGAAACCAACUCCGAGGAAAGACAAGAUGCUAUACCUUUAACACAGAACACAGAUGAAAGGAAAGGAAUGACUACAAGCAGAGAGAAUACCAAGAAGAAACCUGCCUCAGAUGAAACUAAUGAUAAAGAAAUAUCUAGUGACACAACUGAAAGAGGCUCAUUGCAGCAGAAGGAAAAUGAUGGAAGAAUGCCUACUAGGACUCCCACCCCUGUUUUAGAUGAAGAAAUAAGAAGCAGUGGUGAUGAGGAUGAAGAUGUUGGAUUUGAUAUAUUAGACAAGAGCUCAGUUCAAAAUCUUGGAAUGGAAAAUGUGUUGAUAGAACAUGAAGCUUUGGAUGAUACCAAGCAGCAGGAACAAAGUGAUGGCAAGCAAGUGAGAGAUGCAAAAGGUGAAAAGAAGAUAAAGAAUAUUCCUAAAAAUAACCCGGAUGAAAGUGUCAAAGAAAAGAGGACGAGUUUAAUACAAAAUAAGGAAGUUGGAGAAGGGGAUGGCACCGACAUUACACAUAGUAGGAAUGAUAAGUGUCAGGCUCAUGUCAGGAAAGAAAGAGAAGUCGCCCCUCAAGACUCCAUGAGUAGUAUUGAUGACCAGGACAAUGACAAUGACAUCUUGCAAAGUCUACUGGGAACGAACUACAAUGAGGAUGGCCUCUUUUUAUUAGAGGAGGAAUUAUUGUAUGAAGAUGGCUGUGAAAAGGAAGAUGAAGAAGAAGAAGAAGAAAGAAACUCUGUACAUGAUCAAAAGCUCAAGUAUGGAAGCAAUAGUAAGAAUGACCAUAAGGAGAGUAGAGUGGAGAAAGAAAGAAAACUGAAAAAACAGACAGAAUCAAAGGAACUAAAUGAAAAGACACAAAGAGUUCGUGACCUGGAGACAAAAGUGAACACGACAGAAAGUACCAGCUCCCCUCGAAGGUCUGCAAGGGAAAGAGGCCGGGACACACCUAAGACCAAACUUCACGGAAAUAAUGGUGGCCUGGAUGACACAGACACAGCAACAAAAAGUGUAAACAGACAAUCAAGAAGAGAUGCACACACUCCCAAAACAGGAGAGAAGGAAUAUUGCAGCCGGAGUCCAUCACACAGUCCAUCGCCCCAGAAAGGUAGUCUGUUGAAGCCUGCUGGGGGCAGAAUAAGGAAGCUGUUCUCAAGUAGCAGUAGUAGGAGGCAGCAGGGAAAUGAGGAGGGUGUGAGUCCUUUGAUGGCCAGGGAAGAGAGGCUCCACAACAAGAGAACAAAGAAACAAGAGCCACAGAGUAAAAGAGGAGAAAGGCAAGAGCCACAGAGUAAAAGAGUGGAAAGGCAAGAACAGCAGAGUAAAAGAAUGGAAAGGCAGGAGUCACAUAAAAGAACAGAAAAGCAAGAGCUGCAGAGUAGAAAAGGUGAAAGGCAAGAGUCAAAACAUUCCAAGGAUCAGAGCAGUAAUUUAGGGCCAAAGGAUAAGGACAGGAGGAAAAAUGCAGAGGAGCACAGCAGAAAGAGAGAAUCACACAGUCCAAAUGUGCUGUCGUCCCAGAACAGAAAAAGUCCACCUAGACUGAGGAAGAGUAGGAAAAGAGAGAGGAGUGAAUCAGAAGUUUGUGGAAAAAAGGACUGGUCUCCCAGAAAGAAAGGUGAAAGGAGUUCACCUCGGAAAAGAGAACCCAGAGAAGACAAGGAAGAGCCAGCCAGCAAAAAGAGGAGGGUGUCUGUAAAGAGUCGCCUUACUCUCCCACCCAAUAGUGAUGAGGAAAACAUGACAAGACCGCCAAGGUGGCACCCAUCAACCCCAGAGACAGAGAGAACAAGAAGGACAAGCUCAAAACUAAAGAACCAGCCCCAUAUUGCUGAUGAACUCAUGAGAGAGCCGGAUUGGCAAGGCAGAGCACACCAUGCAUCCAAGACCCCAGAGCCUCAGAAAAAGUCAGUGAGCAGUGUGCCUGUUGACAGCAAGUUAUUACGCAGUAUUCUGACACAGUCUCCUUCCAAGUAUGUGGAACAGGACAGUGAAAAGGAGGAAGGAGAAUUAGAUGAAGAUGAAGAAGAGGGAGAGGAAAAAGAUGUCUAUAUUGGUAAACCUGUAAAGAAUCACAAGAAAAAUAAGUGUAACACAGUCAACAAGAAUGAUGACAUCAAAAGGCAACCAUUGAAACAAAAGGAACAUAACAGUAACAUGGAAGAUAAAGAAGAGAUUCUGCAGACCAAAGAACUCAAGGCAAGUAAACACAAUGCCUGUGUAGAUAGCAGAGACAAACUGGCUGGCAAAUCAUGUGAGACAGAUAAACCAGACAUUUCACUUGAUACUGACAAGGAACAUUACGAACAGAAAAAAACAGCUUCCAAAAUAGUCAUAUCAGAUAGAACACUAGACAAUGAAAUUAGUCCAGAGAAGGCACAGUACACAGCAUGUGGCAUUGAAGAGCAAAAUAAUCCCAGAUCUAGCAAAAAGGGAGGUAAGUCAGAGAAGCAGCAGUAUGGCCAGACCCAAUCCUCACCACCCAGGAUGACAUCACCAGCGCAGGAUGCAGUUCAGCACCAAGGUACGAAGACCAGAAGGAAUAGAAGAAGAACAUUAGAGUACCCAUCAGAGAACAGAAAAAAGGAUCAAGACCAUAAUAGGGAGAACUGUAGUGCAGUGGAUGAUAAUGCCACUUUCUUCCCAGGAGACAUGUUUCAACUCAUGCACCCCAAAGUAAAAAGUCAUCUUCCUCCAGACUUGUCUGUGUCUUCCAUUUCCUCAAUGAGUGAUGACACCAUAGACUUGAUGGUGAAGCAACACAAUGAAAACUUUCCCUGUGAUAUCACCAGUGGCAGUGAUGACUCAGAGACAUCUCUCCUGAAAUAUAUAGCUGAUAGUGAAGAUGAUGGAUGUGAUGAUAAUGAGAUUCAUGAAGCAAAAGAAAGAAGAAAGAAUCUUAAUUAUGUAAUAAAUAGUGACAAUGACAGUUGUGAUGAGGAUGAAGUCAAUAAUGAAAAAUUUAAAAGGACACAGCUUAAAAAUUUACAUAAUUUGGAAACAAAAGAAAAAGCUCUCAAUAGUAAUACACAGAUUAGUAAAAGGAAGACUCAAUUAAUGAACAAAACUGAACAGGUCAGCCCUCAUGACAAGGUCUUGGGUGGGAAGGAGCACAGUAUGAUCACUGAACAUUCUGAUGUUGCCAUGCAGACACACAAGGAGGUCACUACUGAGGUUAGAGAGAAGACUUCCCAACAGUACCACAAAGACACAAGUGAGUCAAGGUCUCCAGUGAGGUGUGGCUCAGAAAGUGCAUUGUCAUAUUCUAGUACCUCAAGUGAAUCCAAAUCUCCAUUCAAGUGUGAUUCACAAAAUGUGUCAUCAAGUUCUAGUGCCUCCAGUGAGUCCAAGUCUCCAGUGAAGUGUGAAUCUCAAAACAUAUCAUCAAGUUCCAACACCUCUGACAGCAGUACAGGCACUGAGAGGCAGGAUGCACCUCUCCACCCAGCUGUCUGCACCACACAUCCCUCCAACACUGAGCAGAAGGACAUCAGGGACACAGCAAUCUGCCAAACCAACACCAAUGAGGCUGACAUGGAUGAGCAGGACCAGUUGAGCUCCAGUGAUAAUGAAGAAGACUCAGAGCUGGACAUUGAAAAUACUGGUAGUGAAACUGAUGAGCACACUGAAAGGGUGGUUGAAAAUAAUUGUGGAAUCACCUCCAGUAAUGAUCAGUAUUUCACAAGAGAACACAAAGAUGAUGCAGUUGAAGAUUUACCAAGUGAAACCAAACCCAUCACAGAAUCCGAGGCUAAUAAAUCUGAUGAUUCUGACUCUGACAGUGACUGUGAAUGUAGUGAAUGUAACAAUAGUAGUAGCAGUAGUAGCAGUAGUAGUGGCAGCAGUAGCAGCAGCAGUAGCAGCGACUCAAGUUCUGACUCAGAAAUGGAGGAUGCAGCUUUGGAUAGAGUGAAGGAUCUUGAUAAUGCCUUGUCUGGAGCUGAAAAAAAUUCUGAGUCUGUUGAUCAUGUGGCAUCGGUGCUUCAGUCAUGUGACCAAGAAUCCAGUGAGGCAGUGAUGGGUGCUACCAGUGAGACAGCCUCUCCCAUCAAGCUAGUUUCUCCUACCAAGCUUGGGUGUAAGACACCAAAAAAGACACCUAGAAAAACUUCCAGUAGAACUCACAUGACAGAACUGAAUGAGUCUUCAAGCACCAUGGGAACUUUCAAGAAGACACCAAGAAAGUCUCCUUGCAAAAAGUCACCAUGUAAGAAGUCUGUAAGUAAAGAUGACCAAAGCAGAACACCAAAGGCCAAAAGACUCCAUGCAUCCCCCUCUGCCAGAACAGAGAAGCAGUUUCAGGAUGUUUGCCUUACUUCACCAGAAAAGAGUGGUAAUCUUCACAGCCUCUUUGAACCUGCUGGUGAAGACCACAAGACCAGCCAGGUAGAUCUAGGCAACAGUGACAUGCAGACCUCCCUCAGGUGGUCACCACAGCAGUCUGGAGGCAUGUCAGGGACAAAGCAUAACAUUUCCAUCCCUCAAACAAACAGUAAUUUGUCUCUGAACAAGAAUCCUGAAAAACAGAAAGCUAAUACUCCCUCAGAUUCGUUUAUUAAUAAAACUUUCCUUUUAAAGAAGAAAAUCAGUCCUUUAGAUGCAAAUUGCUCUAUCAGCAAGACUUAUAUCGUGAAGAGUAAAAUUUCUCCAGUGUCACUUACUUCCACCCCUCAAACAAACAAUGAGUUGUCUCUAAACAAGAAUCCUGAAAAUCAGAAAGCUAGUACUCCAUCAGAUUCACUUAUUGGUAAGACUUUCCAAUUAAAACAGAAAAUCAGUCCUUUAGAUGCAAGUUCUUCCAUCAGCAAGACUUACUUCAUGAAAGGUAAAGUAUCUCCAGUGUCACUAACUAGUACAGCUCUAUCCAUGCCCAUCGUAGAGACUGCUGAUGCUCCUGGUCAAAGAAGGUCAGCAAGUUUUGGGCCUAGCCCUGGCCAUACAGCCCAGCUUUCUUGUACAGAUUCCAAUAAUGUCAUAUCAGUGGUACAUACCAACAAAAAGAAUGUGAGCCAAGUACCAAAGAAAACCAGCUCUAGAACACCCAAAAAGGUUACUCAGGAGGAGGCAAUCACUACUACAGUAGAAAAACCCACUGCUAAAAAGCGCAAGUUAACCCCAACCUCUGUGGUGUCUAACGUCAAGAACUCUUCAGGAAAGAGGAUGCGGACAAUUGCCCCAGCCAUGUACGAGGGUGUCUCACCAAGGAAGCUCUUUCCAAGGAAGGACAAAAUUAACCAGGGAAGAAAUUCACCUCUGCCCAGCCCUGGGAGUAGUGUAGAUUCCCCAGAACCCACAAAGAACAACAUCAAUAGUGAUAUUGUUAUUCCGAUGAAAGUUCGGCGAACCAAGAGACAGCUUAACCUUGGCUUAUCAAGUUCACCAGUGCAACACAUCUACAUGAAUAAACAGUCUCUUGGCCACAGUAAUGCUGGCAGGAGUGGGAGCCUUCUUGGAGAUGCCUCACAGGUUGGAGGGAAUGUGGCACCAGCACAACAAAAGACAGGUGACAGUUCAGGCCAAGUCCUGCGUAGGAGUCCAAGAAAGGUCUGUCAGCCCUACAAGCUGACCAUGUAGUACAAAUUUUCCUACUGGUUGUCCUCUUUUGCAGCCUGCUUACACAUUUUCUAUAUAAGCUGGUGAUGUCCUUUGGCACUUUCUUGUCUGUUUUAGAUUUCUUUUUUUAGAAUAAUUUCACAUCAAAUCACAUUCUUUGUACAGUCUUUUCAGAUGUAAAUAAUAAAUUUGUACGAUUUUCUUA